AUGAAUUAUGAAAAGAUACAUGUGUGUCCUAACGACUGUAUCUUAUACAGGGAUAGUAAUGUUGAUGCCACUAGCUGCCCUACUUGUGGUCUCUCUAGGUGGAAGUUCGGAAAGAAUAAAGUAGAAAAAGUUGGGGUUCCAGGGAAAGUGUUGUGGUAUUUUCCACCUAUACCUAGAUUUAGAAAGAUGUUUCAGUCGACUAGUACAGCUAAAAGCUUGACAUGGCAUGCUGAUGAGCGACUGAAGGAUGAUAAAAUGAGGCAUCCGGCUGACUCCCCUACUUGGAAGUUAGUGGACGAUAAGUGGCCUGCUUUUAGUUCAGAGCCUAGGAAUCUAAGGCUAGCGCUGUCGUCUGAUGGUUUCAAUCCCCACAGUUCCCUUUCUAGUAGAUAUUCUUGUUGGCCUGUCAUACUAGUAACCUACAAUCUUCCCCCAUGGCUCUGCAUGAAGAGGAAGUACAUGAUGCUCACCUUGUUAAUCUCUGGACCUAAACAGCCUGGAAAUGACAUUGAUGUCUAUCUCCAGCCCUUGAUAGAUGAUUUGAAGAUUUUGUGGGAUGGGGUUGAAGGGGUAUAUGAUGGUUAUAGAAAAAAGUACUUCAAACUUAAAGCAGUGCUCUUUUGGACAAUUAACGACUUCCCUACAUAUGGGAAUUUGUCAGGCAGCAUUGUGAAAGGGUACAAUGCUUGUCCUGUUUGUUUACAGCAUACCAAACCUCAUAGGCUGGCUCAUGGUCAAAAGAUGUCGUAUAUGCGGCAUCGGAGAUUCUUACCACGUUACCAUCCUUAUCGAAAACAGGCAGCAGUUUUCGAUAACACUGAAGAACGUGAUCUCGCUCCUAUUCCAUUAAGUGGACAUGAGGUGCUGCAAAGAGUAGAAGGUAUGAACUGGCCUUUUGGUAAAAAGCACCCUCAUCCUCCAUAUAAGGGUGCUGAAGAUGAGAGUAGACCAUGUUGGAAGAAGAAAUCUGUUUUCUUCGAACUUGAGUACUGGAAGUUUCUUCCCGUUCGACAUAAUCUUGAUGUAAUGCACAUCGAGAAAAAUGUUUGCGAUGCAUUAAUCGGUACAUUGUUGAAUAUUCCUGGGAAAACCAAAGAUGGGGUGGCUGCUCGUUUAGAUAUGGUGGCAAUGGGUAUAAGGGCUGGUCUGAAGCCUAAAAUUGGGGGGGAAAAAGAGAAAUUACCUUUGGCAAGCUGGAAUCUCAUGUUAGAAGAAAAGAAAACAGUUUGCAAAUCUUUUUUUGGCAUGAAGCUUGCUGAUCGGUUAUGUUCUAAUGUGAAGAGUUUAGUGUCCAUGGAUGAUCUACGGCUUGUUGGUAUGAAAUCACAUGAUUGCCAUACCGUCCUCCAUCACUUGCUCCCCAUUGCAAUUCGAUCAGUAUUAGAGAAACCAGUUAGAUAUGCUAUCAUUAAGUUCUGUCUCUUCUUCAAGGCCAUAUGCAGUAAACUCAUAGAUGUAGAGAAGCUAAAAAAAAUUCAAGCUGACCUUGUCGAAACAGUUUGUGAGCUUGAGAAAUUCUUCCCACCGUCCUUCUUCGAUAUCAUGAUUCAUCUUUCGAUCCAUCUUGUUAGAGAAGUUGAGCUAUGUGGCCCUAUUUUCUUUAGAUGGAUGUACCCCUUCGAAAGGUACAUGAAAACAUUAAAAGGAUAUGUUAGGAACCGUAACCAUCCAGAAGGUUGCAUUGUUGAAUCAUACAUCGCCGAAGAAGCAGUAGAGUUUUUGGCAGAACGUAAUCUAACUGAACCUAUUGUUGGACUACAAUCUAGCAGUACAUCUGACCAGAAGGGGACGUGCAGACCUAUGUCAGGUGCCACAAUGAUCUGUCCAAAUCAAAAGAAGUUGCAGCUAGCACAUCUUUGUGUGUUGCAGAAUACGAAUGAAGCAAGGCCCUACUUUGAUGAACAUUUGGAAUGGUUGAAGCAUGUUCAUCCAAAUUUUAAAAAAAAUAAGAAGUGGCUAAAGGAGAAACAGAAUAAAACAUUUGCGAAAUGGAUACAAGACAAGGUUGCUGCUGGGUGUAUUGAUGAUCAUAUUAAUGUUUCGGAACACUUAAGGUGGAUUGCUGAUGGUCCUAGUUCAGAAGUACCAACAUUCAGUGCUUACAAGAUAAAUGGGGUUAAUUUCAACACCAAGGAUCGUGAUGAUGUUCGAGCAGUUCAAUGCAGUGGUGUUUCAUUGUUCGCCAAUGCAAUGCUAAUCUCUAGUGCGAAGGAUAAAAACCCGGUUAAUGAUGAUACGACUUUUUAUGGAGUCGUUAAAGAUAUAUGGGAGUUAGACUAUCAUAGCUUUAGGGUUCCUGUAUUCUACUAUGAUUGGGUUGACAUUGAUAAGAGCAUUAAAAUAGAUGAUUUGGGUUAUACAUUAGUAAAUUUGAAUAAGUUAGGUCAUUUUAAUGAUCCUUUCGUGUUAGGUACAGAUGUGAAGCAAGUCUGUUACAUAGAUGAUCCUCUUAACGCUAAUUGGUCUGUGGUCGUACGAUGUCCUGAUAGGGAUUACCAUGCAGGUGAUGAUGAGGAGGUUGGAGUCAUUGAACUUGAGAACGAGCUGUUUGAUACCACAAUGCCUUCGAUCGACACUACAGAUGUAGAUGGUGACCAAACUAGCAAUUAUAUGCGGGAUGGUGAUGAAGGAAUAUGGAUUGACUGA